AUGCCCUCUCUCUUCAAAAAACACAAGGACAGCCCUUCCGAGCCCCCGAAUGGAGAUGAUAAAGCGCUCCCGCAAAUUGCCGUGGUCGGCGCAGUGGAACUCGUUGGAUCUAUAGCUGAAGACGAGGACGCACGGAUCGCUCGAAGCCAGCUUGAAGCCUCACAAGCUCUCGGAAAUGCGAUCGCCGGCAGUAAGAAGUACGUCGGUUCCACCAUGCGUCAGGUCUUGAACAAUUCGGGUAUGUCUGGGACGUUGAUUCAAACCGACUUCACAUCUGCCCAGACCAUUGUAGCACCUCUGAACAGCGCUAUCGGGGAUAGCGAAGCGAUGAAAGUAGUUCGUGCGGGCCUCAACACUCUCGCUGACAAACUUCCCGCGCUCCUCAAGAACUUGGACGCGGUGGCCCAGAUCCACCCGUUUAUUGGCGUCGCUGUUGGUGCAUUUAAAGUCGUGGUCAACCUGGAUCUUAAGCGUCGAGACAAUGACAAAAAAGUGGAUGUACUGUUUUCGGAGAUGAAGGACAUGAUGGAAGUCCUUCUCCAGCUAGGCGAGAUUAAGGGUCCAACCCUCAUCGCUCCCGACGGCAAGACAAUCGAGGCGCGCCUCCAGGGUCUCGUCAUCAAGACCGCCGACGACAUCAAAGCCUGCGCUAACACUUGCGACGUUUAUUCGAAGAAGAAGCUCAUAGUCAAGGUCAUCAAGAGCUCCUCGUGGGACGGCGCGCUCAAGGCGUACGUUGACAAGUUCUCCGCCCGUCGGAAGGAGUUCACCUUCGAGCUCGCCAUGCACACCGGCGCCGGGAUCGACGACGCGAACCGUCGUCUACGGGACCUCGACGCGAAGCUCGACAUCGUCCUCGAGUUCUUCACACGCGCGGUGUCCCCGGAGCAGCGUGAGCUCGCCGACCUCGUCAAACAGCGCGGGGGUCCUGCAGCCGUCGUGCGUAACAACUCGGCGCUUAAAGAGCUCGUGCACUUCAAGCCGUCCGUGGCGUCCGCGGCAGGAAAGCGUGACCGCGAAGUCUUGGAGGAGCACAGCAGUCAUGUCACCGGAGACGAGAAUGCGGAUCUGGAGGCACUCCGCGAGGAGUGCGAGAAGAGCCUCGAGGAGGACAUCGUGGACAACCUCAAGCAAUUCGAGCGCAAGUUCUUGAUGCAGCAACGCGCUCUAGUGGAGGAAAUGCGGGGCAUGGUCCACCAUGAAACCGACCGGGCGAUUGACGCGAUGACUGAUGUCAUAAAUGCGGGUUCCCAUGACAGGAUCAUUGACUCCGACAUCCACACGAUCUGGAAAGAUAUGCGCUGGCCAGGCCAUGUCAAAGCCCGCCAAUUCGUGCUCGCACUCAAGGAUUACUAUGCUCAACAAUCGGAGAAGAACGAGCAUGGCAAGCUGGAAGAGGAGAAGAAGGCACGGAUCGUCAACGAAGAUCACUGGGCAUUCGAAUGGAUCACGGUGAACCGGCUCCAAGCGAUAUCGGAAGCGUUUGACGACGACGCUUCUGGCUAUAUCACCAUUGCCGAAAUCAACCAUUUCACGUCGUCACGGCCGGAGGGAUGGAGGUACGUCCACUUCUUCCCAACGAAGUCCAUCGAUGCUCAAUUCGAAUGCAGGUGGCAAACGACAACCUGCUAUUAUCGAGGAAAGAUCGUUGAUCUAUGUGCAAAGAUGUUUGACAUUCGCCCGUUUGUCCUCGAAGCGAACCGAAAAUUCCUUGAUGACUACCUCCACACUGUCUGGAAGCAAGUCUCAACUUUGACCUCUGCGGUGGUCGUCACCGAUCAACCCGAUAGCCUUAAGCAACGCUUCCAGAGCUAUGUUGACUCGGAAGAACACCGUCUCCGAGAGGGCCUGGAGAUAUGCCGGUACGAUAUCGACGCAAUGGACACUUUGACUUUGAUCACGGGGCCCGGUAGGAUCGAACGCUUCGUCAUGCCUCUGCUGUAUUUGCUGCUCAGCAAGGACUGGGAAAUUUUCCAGCUCUGCAGGACGACAGUGAUCCAUAAGGAUGAGCUGUUCGACGCCGCCGAUACUAUGGCGCGGUACAACAACCUACUAGCAAUAUUCAAGCAGCAGCAGAUGGACCUUGCCCAGGCGUUCAAGAGCUGGGCGGGCGAACUGUUUGACUACUGGCAUGACGGUUCGAAGUUCUGGUCCAUUGAGGGCCUGCGAGAACGCGAAUUUCGCGAGAUCCAGUAUGACAACACGCAGCCGCUGCCAGAGCUAGAUGUUGCGAAACUCCUCAACUACCCACUGGCUGCGGACUCUCUUUAUGGUCCACUCCCGGAAGAUGCUCCGACAGAGCACGAUGCAGCAGCUGAUGACCAUGUCAGCCCAAUCCUAGGGCGGUGGAAUAUGCUUGCGGGGAGCGAAGAACGCUGGCCUGUAACCUCAAUGACCACCUUCUGCUUCCACGCAUCCGUCGACUCCAACUCGUACUCCGGGAAAGACAUUGGCGCGCAGGGCAGUUCGUUCACCGUCUCUGGCAGCUACAAGACGACAGAUGACGGGACCAUCGAGUACUCAUUCACACGUACGUACACCGCUCGCAUCACGGCGACCUUCUUCGUCGGGACCCUCUCCGACGAUGGUCAGACGCUCUCGGGGGCUGGGCGCGUUGCCCCCGAGAUUCUCGCCGCACGUCCUCCUCCCUCCGCGUUCACUGGUGACAGGAUCAAGGCACUAUGGACCUACGCCCUCACGUAUGGCCGCGACGAGGCGCGCCGACGGCUCUUCUCGUGGUCGUACAUCAAGGAGCGCCGGGACCGGCGCGAGCAGUACGUGAUGCUGUCGCACCGAGAGGACGACGACGCGCUCACGAAGGACGACCUCGAUACAUUCGAGCUCCUCGACCGGCGUUCGACCUGCGCGGAGGCACGGGCCUUCUAUGUGCUCCGCGACUACCGCCAGCGCGCAAACUAUCGGAACAUUGACGUCGUCUGCGACGCCUGCGGGGAAAACAUGUACGGCGCGCGCAUGGUAUGCAUCACCUGUGGCACGGAUGCCACGAUCGACCUCUGCGGCGACAAGCCCACGUGCGUCGGCAAGCGCAUCGAGGUCGCCGCGCGCGACGACCUCAAGGGCCCGCAUCUCCCCGCGCACGACCUCGUGAAGAUCCGCGCGAACAUCCACUACUAUCGCGAGAUCGGGCGAGUGCUCCGCGCGGCGAAGGCGGGCAUGGCGCGCGCGGACGAGCUACUAGACGCGGCAGCCGCGAAGAAGAGCGCCGCGGAGAAGCAGCCAACUACUCCGAAAGAGGGCGCGUUCGAUAUCCACGAAAGGAAGCAGCAAGCCGAGAGCGUCAGCGGCGAGCCCGAGGGUAUGGACGACGAGAAGAAUGCGGAGGAGCCUGCGUGCCGGGCGCCUCUGAACUGCCGACUACCACCGCCACCGCCAGGCCUGCGCCGCUCAAACACAAGCACACCCUGGACGUGGGGAAAGACGCUCCCUCAGUGGAGAGCGGCCCGCAGAACUCGUGUGCGUAUCGUGCGCGGCUUCGUCGCGCGCCCGUGCUGGUACUGCACCGAUUGCCCCAGUGAGCACGCUUCUCAUCGCAUCUACCUCCUUGCCCGGCGUUCUGACCCUCGCGAUCUCCCAGCCGACGCGGCGCCGUUCCUCUGCAUGGAGUGCGACGAGCGCGAGAAGGGCGUCGCGGUGCAGACGCACAUCGCGCCGCGGAACCUCGAGGGCAGGCACCGCCCGUCGCACAACCUCGUGCGCUGCAUCGACCGCGCGCUCGUCGCCGCGGACGAGAAGGUCGAGGAGGAGCGGGAGACGAAGGCGAGGCUCGGCGCGCUCGAGACGCAGGUCGCGGGGCUCACGGCGAAGAUAGAGCAGCUGCUGCUUGCGAUCGCGGCAGACAGGGGCGGCCGUGUCGUGGAUGCGGUACCUUCGUGA